UACUGUUUAUGCUUAUCAUUGUUAACGGGGAUUUCCAAUUUAGGUUCAAGGUUGUCUAAAAAUAACUUAUUCAAAUAGAGGUUAGGUAAUCUAGAGUUUAAACGUGUGUUAAAAUGGACGAUUGUGGAACCAGCACGCAUUUACUUAAAUCAGAUGGAAAUAGUUUCAACGCAACGGAAGAUCUGUCAAACACAAAUGAAUAUGUGAAUGAACUACCAAUACCGUUUGAUAAACUUACAGAAGAAGAUAUCAUUAAGAAAGACGAUGUAUUACCAGAAGCGAGCAUUUUUGCACCAGGAGAGGACAGUAAUGAUAGACAUCCCCGUUUAAGACAGAAAAUACCGACAUUACCAGAUGGUAAAGACAAAUACUUUUUUGUAUCUCAUAGUAGCGAAGAUAGCACCCAGGUGUUAACGUAUGUUGAAAUUUUAGAAACUCGUUUUGAUCUUACAUGCUUGUACUCAGAUCGGGAUUUUCAACCUGGCAAGGACAUAUCUGAAAACGUCAGGGAAGGAAUGAAUAGAUCAUUAAAAGUGUUACUAUUCUUGUCGCCACGUUUUCAUGAGAGCGGAUGGUGUAAGUUCGAAAGGGAUUUUGCUUUCAUUCAAUCUAUUGACAAUGGUUCGAGCUGUGUUAUUCCGGUGGUUCUGGAAGAAUGUGAGCUACCGACUACUCUCAAAACGUUGACAUACAUUGAUGCUACAAGUCCAGAAGUAGAUGUGCCUUUAAAGAUUGUCGAAGCUCUUCUUGAUACAAAUGAAGCUGAUGGAUUUCUUCCCCUGGAUGUCAUCCAUUCGCAAGAGAUAUGCGAAAAUGGAUACAGCUAUGGUAUCAAGGGUAAAAGAGAAGAAACGUUCUGCAGUUUAUCUCCAGCCAAAUAUCAAUUCCAUGUAAAUCAGACAUUGCACACGACUCUGAGAGAUCAUAAAGUAGAGAUUCCUGAAAAUCUGACAGAGGAGACAAUAGCGAUGGUUAACAAAGCCAAAUGGAUGAAUUGGUAUGAUUAUCUUAAAAGAAAGAACUUAAUGUUUUGGUUUGGUUUAAGCACUCCGCUUCCUAUCUUUAUAUAUUUGUUUAUAUGUAAGACAGAGGACUUAGCUAACGCAUCACGUACACACUUCUCAAGUGAUUACUUGGAUUGGAUUGAAAACCGGCUGACAUCGUUCUUUAUUGUUUUGAUGUUCAUCUUAGCUUUGGGCAUACUUUACAUUGUCCUAAUACCAAUAAUAUGGCGCAGACAAUUGGGCGACCUUGUUCUUCAAAGUGAGAUGUGGCAACAGUUUGGAGAUCAGUUCUAUGCUUCGAACUGCCUGAUUCUAUUUUCUCAUAAGAACAAGUUACCAGUUUUAUAUUUCAUGCGGUAUCGUUUUGAUAAAUGCGAG